CUACCAUGAAACUUUCAUGAAUCUACACUUACUCAUCAUAAGAAAGUGGCCUAAGUCCACUAUCACAAGUAACCAACAAGGCUUCCAAACAUUGUGAAGCUACAACCCAACUAGUUUUAAUGAAUUAUGUGAUUCCAAGUACAAAUCAUUCAUUCAGGACAAUGCUAACAACUACAAACGAGCACGCAUGAACUCAUGGCAGACGUAAUAUUACCCACAUGUGGGACUCAACUCAAGCCCACUCCUCAUUUCAUACAAUGUCGACAGAGGUUGUCCAGCCAAAGCCUUGUAACUUUCUCCAUGUUGUUCUCUGCUCAAAUCCAUCGCUCUUCUAGGAACCCUUUUUGGGAUAAAACUAGGCUAUAUUAACCAAUUUCCUUACAAGGCUAGAUCACCUAUUUUUGGGGGGAAAAAAACCUAGUCCGUCGUAAUCAAUACUUCAACAGAGUUUUCAAGAUGAAGUUACUGGGUUGGACGGACCGUAAGUUAAGGCAAAAUGACAACGAAUCACUGAAGAACGUCAAAAUAGGAAAUUGCUCUACUUGCUUCUCAGGAAAGAUGUUUUUUGAUGAACAAAAAUACUAUGUGGAACCAACUGAUACCUUUUCAGCCUCAUGGCAACCUAAGAAAGUGGAAACUGUCUUUCAAGAAGAAUCAUCUGAGCCAUUUGCCUUUCUUGCUAUCGGAACUUUUGGCACCGAACUGAGGGAUACAGAACCCCCAACACCCACAUUUCCUAUGCCUUUCGAGAAAACAACCAAUGAACAGAAAGAGACGAGAGAGAAUGAUCUGGAGCUUAUAAACUAUGAGCUAGAGAAGUUUCUUGAAGUUGAAGCUGAAGAUACUGGGAAUUAUUCUUCACCGAGGAGCAGCCUGGCAAGCAUCAUAACCAUCUGUAAAGAAGGGAUUGAAGGUGCAGAUUCUGAAGCCACAAAUAUGGUUGCAUUUCCUCUGCAAAAUUCUCUCUUUGGCUCAUCAAUUCAACUGGCUAGAGUAAGAAUACAACCAGUAGAAAAAGCAUCAUUCGACGAGAUCUUUAAGAAAAACAAGAUAGUCGAUGACGAUUCUAACUGGAAACAUGAAGGAUCGGAGAAACAAGCUAAGGGAAAUUGUGUAACGCAUUUCAUGAAGAAAAUGAUAAAGAAGCUCCAUUCUACAUCUAAAAGAAGUACUGCUUCUUUUAGUGGAGAUGCUACUGAAUGUUGUUCAAUUACAAGGAAACUCCCCAAGGGACUAAAAGUAUUCAACAGGAAGGUCCACCAUGAAGGAUUAAUAACUGAAAAACAAUUCAAGUUGCAAAAAGGUAUGGCCAAAAACAUUGCACAAGAACAUGAAAAUGACCAUCGGUUGGAAAAGGACAAUGGAAAGAGAAAGCCUUCUCAAACAGCAAACAUAAAGCAAUAUGAACAGAAUGUCAUGAACCGAUCUCCAAAUGGUAUCGACAAAGGUGCUUCAACGGUGAAUAGCGAGCACUGGAUCAGAACAGAUGCUGAUUACUUGGUCUUGGAGCUGUCAGAGCAUAAAUGCUUGAAGCUAACAUAAACUGGCCUUGCUCAUCCAUCAAGAAAGUAAAGGAGGAGUUCGAUUAUCUGUUGUAUAUUGUAGUUGCUUUAGUAAUCGAGUAUGAAUUCAAAUGUUAAAUGAAGAUAAAAUAGGACCCUCUCCUAUAUAUCUAUCUCCAUAAGCUUUCUAGAUCUAAUUAUUUAUGCGAAAAGUUUUCAGUGUUUAAACUAAAGAGUCAAUGUUGGAAAAAGAGUCAAUGUUGGAACAAUGUAAUUGGGCACUUGUAUUACCUGAAUACAGUU